AUGACAAUUUCCCCAAAAACAUUGCCGCUCCGCUCACACCCUCACAACUCUCGAGCUUUCGCAACCGCCGGCCUCCUGCUCCUAUUGUUUAUCCGAUUUCCGACGCGACAUCGACGACCUCCGGCUCCGAGUUCCAGAAUCCAGACUUCCGCAAAAAUGGCUGGAAAUUCAAUCAAAUCUGUUGUAAAAUCCAUUGGAACUGAAUUCCAAUACCCUUGGAGGGAAAAAUUGACAAAAUACAAAGAUGAACUCUCAAAGGGCGUAUGGGGAUAUUGGCAAUUAGGGGCAUGGAAGCCUUUAGGGAUUAGUGCAAGGCGUAGGGCCCGCCUUAGGAAAGAAGUUUUGUUAGCUGGACAAGAUUGGCCCUUUGACCCUGAAAGGAAAGAAAUGAGGACAAAAAGAAAAGGGCAUAAAUGUGAUAGAAUUUCAGCUGAAAAAAGAGCAAAUACAGAGGAAUUAAUGAAGAAAAUGCCACAAAUGCUUGCGGAUUAUAGAAAGAAGAAAUGGGAGAAGAAGAUGAAUGAAGAGGAUGCUGCUGCUAAGAAAGUUUAAGGUUUCAAUUACUUUUUACUGUUUCUUUUUAUCUUUUUAUCAAAUUUGAAACUUAAAUGUUCUGUUUUAGGGCAGAUUGAAAAUAAGCACAUUGUUUAAUGGUGAAAAGUUAGUUUUUGAUUUUUGACAUGAAAGGAAGAUGUAGAAUUAUUGUCUUGGUGUUUUGAGUUGUUAUUGUAUUGUGUGUG